UCCUCGAGAGCAGGGGGAUUCCUUGACAAUCCUCUCACUCACCGUUCCCUUUUUUGCCUUUUUCCUUCAUUACAUUAAUCAAAAGAACCUCUCUACAAUCAUUAUCUUUCGCCACCACCGAAUACCAUACCCACACUAACACUGUUAGCUUAAUUACUACUACUCAGCCACGUAUAUUACUAUAUAAUCAUACAGAAUAAACAUUAUUAAUCACUCACUUUCUCUGCUUAUUAAUUCACCUAACCAAACACUAGCUAACACUUUUGAACAACUUCCCCCUGCAGCAGCCACAGUAAUUAAGAACUCCCAGAGUGACUCCAUUCUUCAUCAACAAUGCUCCUCCAAACAACCUGCAUUUUUCUACUCUCAGUUCUUCUGAGCUCGUUUUCACCACUUGGAACCGCAAUGCUCAACCUCACUCUUCCCGGAGCUCAUCCUGACCCCGAAGCCGUUGCCCACGAAGUUCAUAGGAAGGUUAAUGCUUCAAUCGCAAGAAGGGAAAUGCUAUCAGUGUCUGAAAAAGACGGGUCUUCGUGCCUAACGGGAAAUCCCAUCGAUGAUUGUUGGAAAUGUGACCCAGAUUGGCCAAAUAACCGGCAGAGGCUAGCUGACUGCGUCAUUGGGUUCGGUCAGUACGCAAAGGGAGGAAAAGGUGGUGAAUUUUACGUUGUUACUGAUUCCUCUGAUGAUGACCCUGUGAACCCAAAACCUGGCACGCUUAGAUACGCAGUGAUACAGAACGAGCCACUGUGGAUCGUGUUCCCUAGUAACAUGAUGAUUAAGCUGUCUCAGGAACUGAUUUUUAACAGCUACAAGACCAUUGAUGGGCGUGGAGCUGAUGUGCACAUUGUGGGAGGAGGGUGCAUUACUUUGCAGUUUAUAAGCAAUGUCAUCAUUCACAACAUUCACAUCCAUCAUUGUCAUCCCUCAGGGAACACAAACGUUCGGUCAAGCCCGGAGCACUACGGAUUCCGGACAGAAUCAGACGGAGACGGCAUCUCCAUCUUCGGGUCGAAGGACAUAUGGAUCGACCACUGCACCCUUUCACGGUGCAAGGACGGUCUGAUCGACGCGGUGAUGGGGUCCACAGGGAUAACCAUCUCCAACAACAUGCUAUCCCACCACAACGAGGUCAUGCUACUCGGCCACAGCGACGACUACCUCCCUGACUCCGGAAUGCAGGUCACCAUCGCCUUCAACCACUUCGGGGAGAAGCUCGUCCAGCGCAUGCCCCGCUGCCGGAGGGGAUACAUCCACGUCGUCAACAACGACUUCACCGAGUGGGAGAUGUACGCCAUUGGUGGCAGCGGCGAGCCCACCAUAAACAGCCAGGGUAACCGUUACAUGGCACCGGAAAACCCCUUCGCUAAGGAAGUUACUAAGAGAGUCGACACGCAACAGUCCAAGUGGAAGGGAUGGAACUGGCGCUCCGAGGGUGACAUUCUCCUGAACGGGGCCUUUUUUGUUGCGUCUGGUGAAGAACUUGAAGUCAAGUAUGAGAAGGCAUACAGCGUCCAACCCAAAUCCGCUGAUCGCAUCUCUUUUCUCACCAUGUCCGCAGGUGUUCUCGGUAAUGCCAGGGACAACAACCUUGGCAUGUGGAGCAGAGGACCUUCCGAUGACACCACGGAGUCCGGAAUGGAAUACACGGAUGACAUGUCCACCACUGCAACAAUGCUUCUGUCUUCUUUUUUGCUUCUCUUCUUCUUGUCUUACACGAUAUUACGCUUGACGGUUAUUCUUUAACAAAUUCAACUAACGAUUCAGUGAUUAUGCGUCCGCAAUGUAACGUGACGUUGUUUCAUUUUUCUCUUUUCAUUGGAAUGAAAAGUGUCUGUUCCUUUAAGUAUAGGAUCAGGCUAAUUUAAGACUGUA